AUGUCCCAACAGUCAAAACCCCACAUAAUGAUCAGUACAACAAAAUUGUCGGUUGCAAUUGCUCUACCAAGCGAUGCAACAUCAAUGGCAUUUUUCUCAUGCGAGCUUUGGUGGGACUUAAAUGGUGGGGUUUCAGAUUUUCCAGACAUCAAAAACAUGGAAAGCAUGGAGAUUUUGAUGUUGAAGAGUUGUAACAUAAGAGGAAGAAUUCCUGAAUAUAUAUCUACCUUGACAAACUUGCGAAUUUUAGAUCUCAGCUUUAACAGAUUGGAGGGAAACAUUCCAAAUUUUGGAGAUUUAUUUAGAUUGAGCACAAUAUAUCUGACAAGUAACAAGCUUACUGGACUUACGCCAGAGUGGAUGAUCAAAGAGAGAGAUGAUCGCUAUGUAAUAGAUCUUUCUUACAAUAAUUUCUCUAAGAACAAUUUGCAACCACCUACUUGUCGUGAAUCCUUGAAUUUGUAUAGAAGCUUUUCCAUACAAAAUAAAUCAGUACUCAGUGAUUGCCUGAGUCCAUGUUCAAAAGAUAAGUAUUCUUUGCAUAUAAAUUGUGGUGGAAAACAAAUCAUUAUUGGAAACACCAAGUAUGAAGGGGAUGAAGAUGUAGGAUCAGCAGCAAAGUUGUUUUACAACAACACCGCAAAUUGGGGUUUUAGUAAUACAGGUCACUUUUGGGAUAUUCAGAGUGGCCAAGACAAGUAUAUAACAAAAAAUGUGUCCAUACUAAGAAUGAACAAUUCUGGAUUAUACACAACAGCACGCCUCGCUCCUCUUUCACUGACAUAUUUUGCUCGUUGCUUAGCGAAUGGAAAAUAUACGGUGAAACUUCACUUUGCAGAGAUAGUGUUCAGAGACAACAUAUCUUAUUAUAGUGUUGGAAGAAGAAUGUUUGAUGUUUAUAUUCAGGGGAAAUUGGAGUUGAAAGACUUCAAUAUAGAAAAAGAAGCAGGUGGAGUUGAUAAGGAAGUGAUACUUAUACGCAAAGCUGUUGUUAAUGAUAAGACUUUAGAGAUCCGAUUUCAAUGGACCGGGAAAGGUACAACAAAUGCUCCAAGACGAGGAACAUAUGGUUCUCUUAUAUCAGCUAUCUCCGUGGAGUCCGAUUUCAAACCUCCUGCUGAAAGCAAAAGGAAAAUAUACGUUGCUGUUGGAGUUGUUUUAGUAGUAUGCAUUGUUACUUCUAUAAUUUUAGGCAUUCUUUGGUGGAGAGGUUGUUUUGGCGGCAAGGAAUCAAGGGAACAAGUUCUGGGAGGAUUAGAUUUGAAAACUGGUGUCUUUACAUUCAAACAAAUUAAAGCGGCAACUAACAAUUUUGACUCUGGAAAUAAGCUUGGAGAAGGUGGAUUCGGAUCUGUUUACAAGGGUGUAUUAUUAGAUGGUACAUGUAUUGCAGUUAAGCAACUCUCUGCUAGAUCAAAGCAAGGGAAUCGUGAAUUUUUGAAUGAAUUAGGCAUGAUUUCCGCUUUAGAACAUCCAAAUCUUGUUAAAUUGCAUGGACGUUGUACUGAAGGAAAGCAAUUGGUAUUGGUGUAUGAAUACAUGGAUAACAACAGCCUUGCACAUUCCUUGUUUGGUCAGGAGAAAGGAGGUCCAUUGAAAUUGGACUGGCCCACAAGGCAGAAAAUAUGCGUGGGCAUUGCCAAAGGGCUAACGUUCCUGCAUGAGGAAUCAGCAUUUAAAAUUGUUCAUAGAGACAUUAAAGCUUCAAAUAUAUUGCUUGAUAGGGACCUCAACCCUAAGAUUUCUGACUUUGGUCUAGCUAAAAUGGACGAAGAGGAGAACACCCACAUCACCACAAGAGUUGCCGGAACUAUAGGAUACAUGGCGCCAGAGUAUGCACUAUGGGGUUAUUUAACAGAUAAAGCCGAUGUUUACAGUUUUGGGGUUGUUGCAUUGGAACUUGUGACUGGCAAAAGCAACAUGAAAUUUCAUCCAAAUGAGAAUUAUGUGUGCCUUCUAGAUUGGGCCCUUGUUUCACAACAAAAGGGAAAUUUAAUGGAGCUGGUUGAUCCAAGGUUGGGAUCAGAGUUCAAUAAGGAAGAAGCGAUUAGAAUGAUUAAAAUAGCUUUAUUGUGCCACAAUCCAUCUCCUGCACUUCGACCUACCAUGUCUAGUGUCGUGAGCAUGCUUGAAGGUCGAAGUACCGUUCACGAAUUGAUUAUGGAUCCAAGUAUUUAUGGUGAUAAAUUGAGGUUUGAAGCCUUGAGAAACCAGUUCAAUUCAUUCACAACAGACACCUCAUCUGUAAAUUAGAAUUUUUGGUCUUUAAUAAUCAUUUGCAACGUGUAUAUUUUUCCUCUAUCACUCUAGAAUUUUUAUGCUAUGAAUUUUUAGUGGUGAAAGCAAUAUUGCUUUUAAGCGUAACUUUUGUUUGUAUACUUCUUUUAUAUUAUUAUAUUUGUUAAUAUAAAAUAUUUGGAACAAAAAUAUUAUUGUC